AUGGCGUUGAAACCGACAACUUGCAAGGAGGCUAUUGCAAGGUGGGAGAAAGAAAAAGGUGAGAAUGCAGCAGAGGCCACAGUCAUUGAGCUGCAGUUCCAAUGGCCUCCUAUUGAAAAGAUGGAUGGUGCUCUAUCUACGUUAGUCGCAUGCGAAAAACUAAGCCUUUCGUCGAACAUGAUCGACAAGAUAGCUGGAAUAGCAGGGAUGAGGAGUCUUAAAAUAUUGUCUCUGGGUAGAAACUACAUUAAGUCACUAGCUGGCAUAGAAACGGUAGCAGACACUCUUGAAGAGUUGUGGAUCAGCUACAACCCAAUAGACAAGAUGAAAGGCAUAGGAUCACUGAAAAACCUUCGCGUGCUCUAUAUGUCUAACAACUUGAUAAAGGAAUGGGUAGAAUUCAACAGGCUACAGGAAUGUCCAGCUUUGAGGGACCUGGUGUUCAUUGGAAACCCUAUUUUCGAUAACCAGCCCGACGUGGACACCUGGCGCAACCAAGCUGCCAAUCGUUUGCAGCAAAUCACCAAGCUUGACGGAAUACCAAUUCUGAGAGAAUAA